UAGUUAUGUCCAUUGGUGAUUGGUGACAAUCGGAGUGUGGAUUUGUGCUGACAGUGGAUUAUUAUCAAUUGUUCUCUUUCUCUCAGGCGGCUGCUGCGGCUCCACGAAACGCGUCUCGAUCGUGGGCGGCUGGUCAUGGGCUUGGUGGUUCGUGACGGACGUGCAGCGGCUGUCCUUGGAGGUGAUGACCUUGAAUCCGCAGUGCGAGCGCGUGGAGACGUCGCAGGGAGUGCCCUUGACCGUGACGGGCGUGGCGCAGUGCAAGAUCAUGAAGGCGGACGAGCUGUUAGCCACCGCCUCCGAGCAGUUCUUGGGCAAGACGGUGAAGGAGAUCAAGUCGACGGUGCUGCAGACGCUCGAAGGGCAUCUGAGGGCCAUCCUGGGAACUCUUACAGUCGAAGAGGUGUACCGCGACAGGGACCAGUUUGCCGCGUUGGUGCGCGAAGUGGCCGCCCCGGACGUGGGCCGUAUGGGCAUCGAAAUCCUCUCGUUCACCAUCAAGGACGUCUAUGACGAGGUGCAGUACCUCGCGUCUCUCGGCAAGGCGCAAACGGCCAUGGUCAAGAGGGACGCCGACGCGGGAGAAGCGGAAUGUCAAAAGUCAGCAAUGGAUGUCAAAUAUUCUACGGACACUAAGAUAGAAGAUAAUUCUAGAAUGUUCAAACUACAAAAGGCCAAUUUUGACCAGGAAAUCAACACUGCCAAAGCUCAGGCUCAGCUAGCCUACGAGUUACAAGCCGCGAAAAUUCGACAGAAAAUCCGAAACGAAGAAAUCCAAAUCGAAGUCGUCGAGAGGAAGAAACAGAUCGAGAUCGAGGUGCAAGAAGUACUCAGAAAAGAGGGCGAACUGAACGCCACUGUGCGCCUACCGGCAGAAGCGGAAAGUUACAAAGUCGAAAUUCUCGCCGAAGGACAUCGCGAACGGAUAAAACUGAUUGGUACUGCAGAGGCCUCUGCGAUCGUCAGUGUGGGUAAAGCAGAUGCCGAGAGAAUGAGGCAAAAGGCUGCUGUGUACAAGCAAUACGGAGAUGCUGCCAUCAUGUCUAUUGUCCUCGAAGCCUUACCAAAGAUUGCUGCAGAGGUAUCUGCUCCUUUGGCCAAAACCGAAGAAAUCGUCUUGAUAGGAGGACCAGACAACACGACUGCGGAAAUAGCUAGACUAGUCGGCCAAAUACCGCCGGCCGUGAACGCCUUAACUGGAAUCGAUCUCUCCAAAGUGUUGGGAAAAAUUCCUGGUGCGACUGUUGCGCCUAGGCCUACUGCUGUCAAAUAAUUCUUUGUCUUUGACUGUGUUUGGAUUGUCCCAUUGAAUUUUUCUGUUUCCAGAUGUCGUUAUAUCACCUUUAGUGCCAUAUUUUGCAUAACAUUAUUUUAACGUUAGGAAUUAUUUUCCAAAAUUAUAUGAUCUGAAAUGAAAAGGCUAGUUUCAUAAUAAAAAUAGAAAACUUCUAAGCACCUAGGAAACAGGACAAUUUUAUGGAACAAAAUAUAGACCCUUUGGAAUUUUUGAAAUAUGGAACACGAUUGGAAUACGGGAAAUAUUAGUUAAGUAGGUAUAUUUUUAAAACCAUACUCAUAUUUUUGCCUCUACUAUUCAAAUUUAUCGAAUGACAUAAUAUACGGGGUGUCGGUAAAUCCGAUAACCUUGUUCAAAAACAAUACUUGCGUUUAUGUACUAAAUUAGAUAUACAUCAAACAAUAUAAAUAUGAAUCUAUAUUAUUUUUGUUCUAGGAAUUUAUUGGUACCCUGUAUUAUUAUCACAUCUGAUAUAUUUGAAAAUUCUCAAUCACAGCUUUUGACAGACACGUUCACAGUCAUUCCAAGAACUCGAAAAUAAAAAAAAUAUAUAUUACUCGAAUUAAAAAUAAAAAGAACGAGGCUUAAAAAUUAUGAUAUUUUGAAAUGAUUAAUGGUGUUCAUGUUUUACUAUAUUGAGGUUGAAGAUUUUGUAAAUUGUAGGUCGAUCAAAAAUUAGAAAAAUACUAGAAAAUAUUCUAACAAAUCGAUGUAUUUUUCUACUCCCAAUUCGCCAAUAUUUUUUUGUGUAGUUUUGUAUCCCACAAGUGUGUUUUAAUUUUCACUGCGUAUAGCACAAAUUUUAUAUGAAGUACACUGAAACACAACUUUUAUUAUACAUCACCUAUACAGGAUGUUUUCUAAGUUGAGGCAUCUCUUUUGACUCUUCAAAAUGAAACCGCCUAUAAAAAAAUUUUCAGAAAAACUCAGGUCAUGUUAGAAGAAGGGCAAUAAUAAUUCUCUACAUCUUGCUCAAGUGAGUAAAAUAAUUUCAUCACAACAACGCCUUGCCACAACAUGCUAAACAACUGAAUAAUCCGACUGUUGAGAUUUUCGACGAUUUUUGAUGAGAUCUACAAAAAUAUGCUUGAGCUUUGAAAGCACCAAAUGUUUCACAUUUGGUUUCUUCAACUGAUGAAUCAUUUUUUCCACCACUAGCUAUAAAACCUACCAUUAUUUACUCCUUUUCGAGGCUUAAAGUGUGUUUUUACUACCAAGUCAGUCGACCACACUUUAUGUAAAAAUUGGUCAAUUAAAAAGUAAUCAUAUCGGUACAACGACCAUCAUAAGACUACAAAACCUUAUAAAGACACAAUAAGUCAAAACAUCAUUGGGUUGACCAUCAUCAAGGUAAGUCAGGUGGAAGUAAGUUUGAAACGGCUGCGAAGAGCCAGAAAAAUCUCAAAUUUUCUCAGACCUUGAUGGUCAACCCAAUGAUGUCCUAACUCAUAGUGUCUUUAUAAGGUAUUGCAGUCUGAUGAUGGCCGUUGUGCCGAAACCGGUUACUUUUUAAUUGAGCUCUUUUCUACCUCGAACGAGAGAGAGAGGAAAGUUCUCUCCUCUUCCAUCUUUCUCUUCAGUGCUACCAACGUGGCUGCAUUGAAAUAUCGAGAGAUCCGAUAAAGUUUUCCUUUUCUAACGUCUACUCUGCGCCACUGAACAAUUUUCGAUGUUAUAAUGAUGUGACAUGCCAAUGUCAUGAAUGUCAUUGACUGGUAACCUCUGGAAUUCUUUAAAUUAAAUUUCGAAUCAUAUCAUACUUAUUUUGACAUCAUUUGUUAAUAUCGUUAUUAAAUUUGACUCUCUGCUGAAUUCAAAAAUAGACCUCUCUAUAUUUCAAUGCGGCUACCCAGCAAGCACAAAAAAAUCUCAGAGAUGUUAAAAGUACGAGAUUUCGAGACAUUGAACCUCCACUGCGAUGUUCUGUUCACACAUGAAUAGAACUAUUAUAGAACAGCCAAUGUCCGCCGCAGGCGGCAACUAUCGAGAUGUCCUUGAUAUGUCACAAAACUACCUUCUCCCUAGUUCUUCUUAAAGCCUUUUCAUGGACACAACAAAACAUUUUCAACGCGUCUUGCGCACAUUAAAUCGCUGUAAGAAAAACCAUUUUCGAGGUACUUUUCUGAAGCCUUUUGUCAAAAUGAACUUUUGCAUUAGGAUUCCAUUUCCCUUGAAUGAAAAAAUGCAUUAAAAAUAGAUUGAACACAAAUAUUUUCUUGAUAUGAAAUUAUACCUUCUUAAUCUGAGUAGUGCUUACUACACACAGACAUAUAAUUGGAAAUAGGUUUCCCAUUUUUUUAAAUGUUCUCCACAAUGCAUAAUUUUGCAACUGCGGAGAAGCUGUGUAUUGAUAAAUUCGUACUUUUAUAUAUUGAUGACACUGAGGCACCGAACAACAUCUUGCAUCUGAUGGUCAUUAUUACAAACUGAAUAAGUCUUCUAACACAAUAAACUUCACCAAAUUCCUUUCUGUUCGUUAGCAGCGUGAUGUAAGCGUGACACGCUGCAAACGCGAAUGUCAAUUGCGAACAAGAAGAACAAAAUCGAAAACAAAUUGUGGUGGGGCAAACAAAGAAAGGGCACAAAAGAACAAAAACAAUACUUUCAAUAUCCUUCUAAGACCUCUUUGGGAAGUGCAUAUUACGCCUCAAAAAAGCAUCCUCAUGCCUACAUUUCUAAAACAUCCCAAAACAUCCCAGGGAUACCUCUCAGUAGGUAAACAAAGAAAUGCCACAGAAGAACAAAAACCAUACUUCAAUAUCCUUCAAAGACCUCUUCGGUCAGUGCAUAUUACGUCUAAAAAUAUCAUCUUCAUGCCAACAUUUUCAAAACAUCCCAAAACAUCCCAGGGAUGUUUGUGCUCGAUGGGUACCUUGGUAUCAUUGAAGAGAAAGAUGGAAGAGUAGAGAACUUUCCUCUCUCUCGUUCAAGAUAGAAAAGACCUCAAUUGACUAAUUUUCACAUAAAGUUUGGUCGACUGACUUCGAGUAUUUAUUUCCAUUGAAAAUACAUUGGACCACUCUGAGUAUGGAUGGUUUCUACGAUUUAUAGCCACCUUUGUUGUAAUUAACCUGAAUUCACUGUUCUGAUGCGGGAUUCGCAGAAAUGUCACUCAAAUCUAGUAGGUAUUUAUCAACAACUUGUCAUGGUCAUGGUUACCAAACUUCAAUUAGAAUUGAGAAGUGCUUUCAUAAAACAAUUGGUCAAAAUUUCAGUUUCACGAAAAUAAUGGAAAUAUACAGGGUGUUUCAUAAUAUAUG